AUGAAUCGACUUCCACUGGAAUUGACCACCGAGAUCCUGAAGUAUCUCGACCAAGCCGCAAUCAAGGCUUUGCGCCUUGCCUGCAAGAGCCUGGCGUCAGAUUCAGCCCCGAUACUGUUCCGGCAUGUAUCGAUAUUCAUCCAAGAGCAUAGUCUGAAUAUGCUUCUGCAAAUCUCAAAACAAGCACACCUCCGCCACUACGUCAAAACGCUUCGAAUUGGCCUGGAGCUUCUUCCUGUGGACGAAAGGAACGGAUGGGUAGGUUGUCAACACAUGGUUGACGGGGAAGUGUGCUGUGGUUGGGAUUGCAAGAGCUCCAUACACAUAGAUUCCUUCAUAAAGGCCCAGAAACAAUUGGAGUUGUCUGGACGAGGAGUCAAGAUGCUUACAGAUACAUUUCAGAAUCUUCCAGCUCUGAAGUCUGUCACGAUUGGUUUCCCAGAUCACCCUGAUGGCAGCAAUCCGGAAAGCCACGGCUUCCAACAACUAGGGCUCCACUACGUAACCGAUCCUGAAGGCUUCAACUACCUCGAUGGGUCGAACGCAUGCCGAUUCCAGGACUGUGGGCGGAUUCAACUCCAGUACCUCCUUCGGGCUGGAGAUGCCGCUGGUCUACAGCUCAAUCACUUGAAGUUAUGUGGCACGAAUGAUUCCGGCACUCGAUCUUAUCCACAUAGCAUGAGCCCUUCAUUCAUGAACCUCAGUGCGAGUGACAUGGCCUGCGCGAAAGCUGUUCUGAGGCAUAUCCGGGAUUUUCAGUGGAUCAUGCCCGAUUGCUACGAUCGAGACAGUGGUGAUACCAUGAACCAAUCGUCGUUGAACUCCGUACUGAAAAAAGGCUAUUCCGGGAAGCUCAUAGAUCUAAUGCCAUCUCUUGAGGCUAUCUUCAUUGAGCCUUCCGGGGAACGUGGAGACUGCACCCUCGACCACGGCUUGAUGUUGCGCGACCUUGUAGGCUGGAGGAAGAAGCACUCUUUGCGAAAAGUCGAAUUUUAUUUUCUGGAGUUUGACGAGGACGACUAUGUGGAGUAUCUGUCGUCCCAGUCGGACACUUUGAAAAGUGUGACUUUCCUUGCAUGCGGUCUGUACACGGGCUCAAUGAAGUCGCUCUGCAAUCGUCUCCGGACUCGUUUAUCGUUAGAACAGUUUCGAAUGUCCACUGGGCUCCAUGAGUAUCACGGCGAAGACGUUAGGAAGAAAGAUUACGGGCUCUGGGAUGAUAAUGAGAAUCUGGACUCAACCUGGGUAAUAGAAAGAGCCGUCACAGACGCCCUCGAAGAUUUUGUCGUCGAGCGUACAGACAAGUAUCCAACAGGCUGGGUCUCGUGUGUUCGAGAACGUGGCGAUUCCACAGAGUCCGACGAGGAGUCCGAGGACGAAUUCGAAAUGAUGCCAAAAGGACCCUGGUUCAGAGAAUACGGCACUAAUUCGCCAUUUUGUCAGGGUGGAAUCCCUUUCAAAGAAAUCUUUUUAGCGCAUUUUGGCUUCGGGUCUGAUUCCGGUGAAACCGACAUAGAAACUGAGUCUGAUUCCUUCUUUUUUGAUGAAUUUGAUGAAUCUGACGACUCUGAAGAAUCAGAUGAGUCGGCGGACAGUCUUCCUGGUUUGGUUGGUGCUCCCUAA